AUGAGCCUACCCAUCAGUAAGCUGAUUGAGCAGUAUCGCUCCACGCAGGAUAAUGACCUCAAGUACAUGCUCUUGAGGCAGAACAUCGAAAUCACCGAUAUAGAGGAUGAAAUGGUUCCUCUGGUUAGGGACUUGUUGCUCCCGAUAUUGGUGGAGGAGCAAGACAUGGAGAUUCUGAAUUUAGUAGCAUUUCACGUCUUCCCCGGUUUGGUCCUUUCUUUAAUAAAGAGUAAGGCUAACGCAGCCGCUACACAGCUGGGAUGGGUAACGAGCUUGGUAUGUGACCCCAUAUUGAACGAGAGUAUGGUUCAUGAAAAUCGAUCGUUCAUUUUGAUUGAGACGCUAAGAAAUAUUUUGCAAAAAAUCGAAAGCGCUUCUCAUCUCAAUUACCGUCAUCCAGUGACCAAUUCAUUUGAGUUUAUUACUAAAUUCAUCGUCGAAAUGAAAAGGCAUAUGCGUGAGAUUGAUGAGGCCCAGCUCUCGCACUCCCUUUCUGAAGGCAACAUGCUAAUUUACAUAGAGUCGCUAAAUCUAUUGUUGAAGUUCUACUUCUUUUCAGACACGACACAUCCUUCGCUAACGAUCUCGUUGCCAUUUGAUAUUUUGAAUGACAUUUUUACUAUUGCGCAGGAUUAUUCGACUACAAACACAAACGAGAGUAUUGACAGAAUAACUGAGAAACUACUGUUAACGUCCACCCAAUUGACGCAUCCAUUGGACCUAGAAAGGCUUUGCUCCAAGAUUGACUUUAAAACCCUAUUAGUUAUUUCACGAAUAUGGUACAAAUUCGGCCCCAUGAUUAAUGCGCUAUUUACCGAGCGUCUAUUACCAGGCCUGUUAUCUCCCACGUAUGCGGAAGAAGGAUACAGCGUCGAAGGCAUUUUGGAAAUGAUCAAUAAUUUCUACCCGUUCUACUCUAUUCGUAGGCUAAAGGAUGAUAAAUGUCUAUUAUCUGAUUCUACAGUCGCCCUUCUAAGAAGAAGUUUGUUUGACAUACUAAACACGUUAAAUCGAUCAUUUACAGCAGCGCACAAUGAGAAAGUUGAUGAUUACCACCGAGUGGACGAUAACGAUGACGGAUUUAUCUCUGACAAUGAUCCUGAGCAGCAAGCAUACCUUGAUGAAUUAGUAUCGGACAAUGAUGAUGGAGAUCUGUAUGAGCAAGAAACUGAUGAUGAUCGAGCUGAUGAUGAAAACUUCGAAAAAAGUGAGGAGACAACGAAGGAUCUCACCCAAAUAAACGAAAUCCUUUCCAUUUUUGCUGAAUUGCACUAUCCUCAGGAGGAGCGUUUCCCCAAAUUGUUGGCUGAGUUACAGAGCAAAAUUAGCAUAGAUUCAUCUUUGAUUGGCAAAAUUCUUUCUCAAGAUGCAUGCGAAUCGCUCACUCCUGGCGGGAAUGAGAUUGAUCUGGACGAAAUUUUAAAUGAACUGAAAUCCAAUAAGUUCGCCAGAAAAAACGAUACUCUUUAUACACUAACCCGUUGCCUUUCAUCACAACUUUCUUCAGAUUUGUCUGUAUUACAAUUAUCAAUAGAAGUCGUUGAUCAGUUAUUGGUUAAAAAUCAUUCCGAUAAUAUCACUAGAGGUGAGCAAUUCCAGCUGAUCAAAUUAGUACUCCCUCACCUGAAGACUAACAAAUCCUUUAUUGAUACAUUGAAAGCAGGAAACUUUACCCAAAAGAUUGAUGAAGGCGUGACUUUGAGAACGAUGAUCCUGUCUUUACUACUGCAACUACUCCCACUGGACUAUUCCAUGUUAGGCGAGGUCCUGCCCACUAUUGCAAAAUAUUCUGUCAAGGACAAGGAUUUGACGGUAAGGGAUUUAUCUUUACAACUACUGAAUCAAAUCCUAAGCACACAUUAUAACCACUUAAUCGGUAUUGAUUGGGACUGGUACAGCAAUGAUUUUUAUCAGGUUUUGCAAGAAACUUGUAUUAAAAAGGAUGUYGAUACCGAACUCUUACAUCAAUACCCCCCUUAUUCUCACAUUUAA